CGGAAAUGAACUACGGAUGUCGAUGACCGCUUUCAUCUGCAAGCCAAGUACUCGAAAAAUUUAUUUCUUCUUUGGUAAGAAAAUGCUUCUUUCGGAGAGAACAUGGCAUCUUAAACUACCACGAAGUUAUUUGGCAUGAGUGUUGGGAUCAGCCAAGUGAAUUUCGACCCUCAGGUAGGCAUCUGUGACUUGACAAAUUGAAGCUAAAGUUGAAGUUUGCAUGCAUCGAUGAUGAGGCGAUAUCACUUUCUUUCACAUCAUGUUUUAUAUUUUCCGUCUUGGAGGUCUGCUAACUCAGGGUAAUUCAAACAUCGAAGACAAAUGUAUGUGCUUCUCUUUUUCGAUAGAACUAUUUGGUUCUUGGACUUUUAUUGUAGCGUGUGUAGCAGCUUUCUGCAGUGUGUUUGUUCACGUAUAUGAUAUACCGACUUUCUUGACCUAAUUACAGUAUUUACAGUACACAAGAUUCUUUCUUUAAUUUAACUCGAUACGACAACAGGUUUUAAUAUAAAGCGAGCUUUUAUUUGCCGAUAAAGUCCUUCAGCCAUACCGAUCGAUCAUCAAACAGGUUCUCGUCUAGUCUUAGGAGAUUUUUCUCAACACGAUUUUUGUUUUAUUUAUUAGCUUGACUUCACCCCUGCGUUUAUGCUACAAAAAUAAUAGUGAAGUUUGCAUGUGAUUACUAUUCGCAUCUGUCAUAGAUCAUGCUAAUUUUCCUUUUUUCAUUAGAUUCGGUUUUCCAUGCAAGUACUUUUAUUGCUUUCACUCUAAGAUUGCAGGCAAGAUUUUGAAUGUCAAUCAAAACUCAUUUGAUUUCUGCACUUGCAUUUAAACUUUCUUGUAGUAAUCUGUAUGGAGUGGAAUGUUGUGGCACCUGCAUUUUUAACAUCUGUGUCUUGUGUCUUUUAAUUAGUAGAUAGCUAAUUUCAUCUACGAAAAUUUUAAUGACAAUAGUUUUAUAGACAACUGUUAAGUUUCUUGGCAAAAAAUGCUCUGGGAGUUUUUUUCACAGUUAUAAAAGUCACUCUGAUUAUUUUUUGGGAAACUACAGACUCAAAUAAUUCUUCCUACAUCAUCCACAGGUAACAGGUCAUUUCGCCCAAAGUUGUUUUGCCUGGAGUUAAGUCAAUUUGCCAAAUGUUUAUUUGUUGUUCUUGAAGCCUUAUAAAAGGAAAGCAGAAAAAGACAGUGACAUCACAUGUGGUCAGCAACAUUUUUCCAGUCAAAACUUUGUUGCAAUAAAAUAUAUUGUGGAGUCUUUCAGUAUCUUGAGUGUGAUUAUUGACAAAACUAUUCAGAUCGCUGGACCUUUUUUAGCAAUCACAGCAAUAAAAUUCAAUCCUAAAAAACAUCUCUGAAAAGCUGUGUUGUAGAUUGUUGUUUAUCAUUGGGCGAAGCGACUUAUAUCUGGGUGAAACAGCUUCGGGCAAAUCACCGUUUGGGUGAAGCAACCACAAUUGCAUCCACAUCACAGUCAUUACCACCCGACCGUCACUUUAUAUUUUUGAGAGACACAAUUUCUUGUGUCGAUCUUGCUUUGAUGGUGAACACCUAAUCAAAAUUGAUGCAAUAGUCAAUUGGCUAGUUCUGUCUUUCAGUAUAAGUUAUCGAGAAAUUUCACAGAUACUCAUAGCUGUGAUCAUUACGGAAUGAUGACUGGCUUUAAUUAAUUCCCAGCAUGCUUCCUCAGUAAUAGACCCUUUUAGCUAUCCAUGUUGACAAAAGGCAAAUUCCCUUGUGAAAAUAAAACCUACUAAGCUAAAAAGGUCCAUUCAAACACGCAUCCAGUAAGAACAGUACAUGUGUAUUUACCACUGAGACUUGCUAGCUCGAUCUCUUAUAAUUUCUGAAAAGCAAGCGAAGCAAGUUUCAUUAAGGUUGUACUACUACCGAGCGAGUGAAGAAGUCAUGAAGUUGACUUCUUUAACCUGAAUGGAUUUGAAUCAGGUAUGAGAGGUCUUUUAAAAUGGCAUAUCCAACCAGGGAAAAAAAGGACUGUUGUAGUUAAUUUUUUUAUCUCCGGUAAUUUUUAUUUUUCUUUUGUUUCAACUUCAUUAGCAUACAUUACCAUACCCAAAAUCAAAAGAAAAAAAAAUUACCUGAGAUAAAAAAUUUACUACCACAGGACUUUUAUAAAGUCGAUAUUGUUACCAGUGCACCCUUAUUUUGCUCAAAGGUGCUAGAAGAUGAAGAAGAAGCAGCUUUGGAAAAAGAAGAUCAAGAAAGAGAGAAAGAGGUACUAGCGUCUAACAUGCUGCUGUUGACUUGUAACUAUAGAGGGGCUGCAGGGAAGGUUUGAUCAUCAUCAUCAUCAUCAUCAUCAAACCUUUUAAAAAAAUGUUCUUUUGAUAAGAAAUUAUGGAUCUUAUCUAAUUUAGGCACCUCUCGGCCAAAUAUAAGUUGACACUCAGCUGAUAAUCGGUUGACCUUUUGGUGGACAUAUCAGCCAACACUGAAUCGAAAUGUUGAUCGACUAUCAGUUGACAUGUUGACUGAGUUUGAGUGGAUAUGUCAGUCUAUAUCAUUUGGCCAAAUGUCAGUCAACAUGAUAAUAAUAAUAAUAAUAAACUUUAUUCAAGUGUUGUGUAACUUUAGUAUGGUGUUGCUAAAAAAAAUAUUGGGAACACCGUAACAUAAAUGGAUCAUUUUACAUUUCUGUGAAACUGCCCACCUACCCCUCCCCUGAGCCAACUACUAAGUAAGAACUAAAUGUUAAUGUUGGUGUAGGGGAGGGGUAGGUGGGCAGUCUCCCAGACUUCUAAAAAGCCUAAUACUGAACACUGGACAUAAUAUAAAAAAGUAAAAAUACCAGUAGAUACAUAACCCAUACAGCGUGUAUAGCAAAGUAUUUUACACUAGUCUUAACGUAUUAAGUAUUUUACAGUUUUAAUUAGAAAUUUACCUUAGUGUUUGUGUUAACUUUACCUUUGUGUUUUUUUUAAAGAUCCGCGAGUUGUUAAACAGUGAACUUGAUGAUGGUCUUUUGGAGGAUGACAAUGCAUCUUUCUCAUCUCAUGACCUCAGAAGUUCAGGGUAUAGCCGAGAUACACCUUACUCCGAUGAUUUCACUGAGCAAGAGCAACAGACAAUCUUGAAUGGACAUGAUCCUAAGAAACUCAUUCCUUCUGAGAGAGGUGCAUUUGAGCGACCUCCUCCACUAAUUACACAGCGUGCCUUUCAUUUCAUCAAUGGGUCAGGACAGAAUGAUGAUUCCAAUUCUGGAAUGCUGAUUCAGCAGCACAAUAAUUAUGAUCAAGAACAUCAGGAAAUAGACGGUUAUAAUCAUCAAGGUUAUUAUGAAUACAGAGAGGAGGAGAGUCCUUUUGAUGGUCAAGUUGAUGAGUACUCACAAAAUUUUCACCAGCAAGAAGGUGGCUCAAAUUAUCGAACAUCACCCAUAGGUGAUGAUGUGGAUAAGGCUUAUGAACAAUAUGGAAAUUAUCACCCUCAUUUUGGAGUACAGAGACAAUUCCCUUCACACCAGGAGGCACAAAAUCAGCAUUAUCAUCAGUCUCAUUACCCAGCUGGAAAUUUUAGCAAACAAAUAAAUGUGCCUGGUGGUGAUGAUUUCUAUGGAGAUUAUGGUGGUUAUGACGAAGGUGAAGGAACCAUCAGCCCUGAUCAGAAUGUCCAUGAUGACAAUGCUGACAGCACAAAUGUGCCGAAUCAUUAUAGAAUGGAUACCCUUGGGAAUUAUCAAGUUCAAUAUUAUGCACAGCAUGAACCAACUUCACGCAUUCAUGACAGAGGUUCUGAUAGGCAUGUUACAGAAAGAAAUGAUAUUUCAAAUGGGUAUUCAGGGAGUGGGACACAAGACGUUCAACUUCAGAUAUUAUACAAAGCACGUGGCAGGAAAAUUGAAGAACUGACUAGAGAGUUGGAAUCACAAGAAGAUGAAAUGACAAAAGAGAUACGUGUUUUGAAUCAUCAGAUUGCACUGAUUAAAGGUAUGAAUAACCAAAAACAGCUUCGCCCUCCAAACAGCAGGCAGUAUGUAAAAUAAUGUGACAAUUUUGUACACCUAGACGUCAGAGGAAAGGAUAUGUUGAGGACUGAAGGGAGAGGACUGAAGAGGUCUUCAGACACAAAAAAAUGACUCAAAUCCGUAUGAUUUCAUUUUGGGAUUGGAAGACAAUUUUUUCAGUAGAAACCAAGUUAGAGCGAUUUUCAUAUGACCUUGAAAAAUGGUUUCGGUAAGUGUUUGUUGUUUUUUUUAUCAGCCAAUGGAUGAAAAGAUCAAAACGUGGCCUCUUCGUUUUCCCGCCAAAGAAAACCCUAAUAUGGAGAAGACAUUGUUUGAUUGGCCAAUCGUAUUGCAGUAUGACGCCAAAGUAAAGUAUCGGUUGAGCGCUUAUAACCAACCAAAAGCCACCUGUGUUUGUACAGGGUUGUCUGAAAGUUUUGAAGUAGAUGGCUGAGUAGUCAAAGUAAGCGGCCAGUCCAGGGAUAUUUUAUUUAAAAAACGCCAUCCAUAAAGAAAUGCCAAGAGUAGCUGGCCAAUACUAACCAAGUAGGUGAUGAUUUUCGCCUGCAGCCGGCUACUUUUGACAUGUAUCUGUUCGAUAAACCAAUCAAAUCGCUCUAUUUCUGUUUGUUUCUUGUUUAUGUUUUGUUCGCGCAUUUUCAUUUCAAGGUCAUACGAAAAUCGCUCUAAUAAGUUCUAGUGUCUGGUUUCUCUAGUGUGUGGGGUGGGGGUAUUUUCCUCAAUUUGAAAGAUUUAUUUUGGUCCUUUUGUCCCUUAAGCUUAACUUUAAUUCAAUUUGCUGCAAUCCUUAGAUGAACGUGAUGGGCUCUCAACGAGUCUUGAGCAGUCACAGAAGAUGGUGAAGACAUGCAAUACAGAAUUGAACAACCUGAAAGGCCAACUAGCAGCUGCCUACCAACAGAUCAGUGCAUUACAAGAGAGUAAAGAAGAGGUUGGUACUACUUUUUCAGAUUGUGAUGAUGUGUAAUUGAUAAGCUGCAGUGAGUAGUUAUUGAAGUAAAGGUGUGUAAUAAUCUCUUUUGGCAGAAACCCAUAAGAAAUAAUUUUUUAUGGGUUUCUGAUGAUGAUGGGAUAAUUAUUAUCUCAUCAUUAGCAUCUUCCUUUAGUGGGUAGUUAAUCACCUAGACAUUAAUGCAGGCUUGCUGUAAUGGUAUAGUGAAUUUAUCUUUUCCAUAUUUCCAGUUUAAAUUAUUAUAACCCAGAGGGAAAAAUUGGUUCUAAGAUAUCCAAGGGUUUGCUAUGAGAGAAACAGAACCCGGGGCUUACAUAGAGCUUGGCAUUUAAUGCAGGUUCUGUGCAAAUACUCAGAUUUCCUUGUUGCCUAAAGGCAAAAGUAGAGUGUAAGUCAUCAGGUGCGAGUUUGUUAUACUGCAGAGUGCAGCCCUGGCUCCAAUAAUUGUUAGCAAGCUACAUGUAGAUAGUUCUAUCCCCAGGAUAAAUCACAUUCCAGUGGAUAAGUGUUAGGGAAACCAGUAGCCCGCCCGAGACGCAACUUAACGUCUGGUUAAGUUCAUCUGCAAAGCAACACCAAAAUCCUUGUUCUGGGCGCUCACCUGGGUGUGUACCAGGAUUUGAGUACAUGCCAUGAUAGGACUGUUAAAAAUGCCAUUGUCAAUUUGCCAAUCAGGUUGAUGGGAAAUUCAAAACGCAUUUUACAAUGUAAUAAUUUAUGUAAUAUUUGGUUGGGUCUGUUGGGUGCCCAAAACAAGGAUAUCGGCACUGCUUCGCAGACAUUACUAACCAGGGUUAAAUUACAUGUACGUCCUCUGUGAUGCAGGCUAGGAAACUGAUUAAUUAUUGCACUAUCCACUGGAUAGAAGGGUUCUUUGGUCGGUAGCAUCACCCAACUUUUGAACUAUAUUGUGUGUACUGGGACCUGUAUGAUAAGGUGCCAGACACCUAAAAAAGUGCAGUAUUAUUAUCAUGGAAACGCAGUGUAAACUGUCGUAUCUUUCCAGGUUAUCAGUAAACUACAUGUAGCUGAGACAACAAUAGACAGCUUAAACCAACAGCUUGUGGAACUUAGUCGUUCAGAGUCUUUGGCAAGGGCUAAGGAACAGCAUGAAAGUGUGGUUAAUGUGAUGAAAAGAAGGCAUGAGGAGGAAGUCUUAACUCUUAAACAGAAGCUUGAUGAAGCAGUUUUGUCAAGAGACCAUAAGGUGCCCCUUCUUAGUAUUUUUUGAGUAUAAUAUUUUCUUUGGUGCCAAAGUGCUCUGAAAUCAUGUUUCUGGGGUAAAGUUGUAUAUGAGGCUAUAUCUGAGUGAUUAUUAUUUUAAUCAUGCAGACCAAAAAAACAAGGCUUCAAAAUUAUUCUUUGCUUUCAUUUUGAGAAUAAAUGUACGUUAAAUCUCAGUGCAUACACUAGUUCUAACUUGGCUUUCAAUUUGCAAACUAGCAUGAAGAAGCCAGUCAUUUGAGAGAUGAACUCGUUGAGAAAGCAGAAAUGAUCAACUCAUUAACAAAGAGUUUAGACUCCAGUCAGAAGCAGUGCCAGGAAAUACUGAAGUCAGGUUUGUAUUCAUUGUACCUUUUCAUUCUUUGACUGUGACAUCCCUUUAACUUAUGGAAAGUACUAUUAAAUAUAAUAAGCUUGGGACAUUCCAUUUUUAUUCCGAUCCCCCCUAUGUAUGAGUAUUCUUGGUAGAUAACUGUAACUUGUAGGAAUCUAUUUUCAAAGGGACAGACAUAAAAAUUAGGGGGGUAGGAAAGGUUUUUUCAAUGUGUAUUGAGAAAAAAGUGUGGUGGUAGGAAUCUGCUCAUCUACAGGGGGCGGGGGACGGAGGACUGAGGGUUUGGGAAAAAAAUGGGACAUCCCCUUAUUAUGUCUUGUUUGUGUAGUUCAUGCAAGUGUACAGCUGUACUUGCAAGUGUAUUCAUUGUUUUGAGUGUUUCAUUUGCUAUAGGAACAAUGACAGAAAUUAACCAGUUACGAAUUGCUCUUCAAGAGAGUGCUACUGCCAGGAACAUUACUGAAGGACAGUGCAUUUCUCUGAAGGUAGACUGUCUUUGCUGUUUAAACUAUAAGAAUGAAAAUUGAGGCCAGUUAUUUUUCCUCGGACUUCUUCUUCUCUUGUUGUGGUCGUACAUACAUUUAUGUAUAGAGAGUGCUUACUCUUAAUAAUAGGUUUUAAAGUUUUCUGAAAGGUGUGAGAACUAAAGAUUUGUUCUUGGAGUCUUGAAGAACAACCUAAUCACAGUAAACAAGACAGUGAGCAGUAAUAAGUUGUUUCAUCAUUCGAUCAGUCGUUGCUAUUUGCAACAAGGGUUGGUUUAUAGUUGAAUGGCCUUACAGCCUGUACAUGUAUACUGUUUCAGGAUGUCGUGACGGCAUGCAUGUGGUCUUGGUAGCGAUCAUGAUCCAUCAAAGCUGUCUCUUAGAUGCAAUUUUCCCAUCUCCUCUUUCUACCAUGUGAUCUUUUCCUACCAUGUAGGUACACCUUCAUGCCCAACAACCAUUUCUAAUGAGGCCAUUCAUCCUUCCCUGAGUUAAAAACACUCACAAAACUUUCUGUAAAAUUUGUGUUCAAAAUAAUGCUUCAGAAAAGUAUAAACAGGUCAUAAGUAAGAAAGAAUAUUAUUUUUGGUGAAGUUCAUCAGACUUACUCAGGUUUUUGUUUUAUGGGUGAAGCAUGAGCUGUCAGAGCUUAAAGAACAAGUCAAGAUGUAUGAGAGUGCCAGUCGACUUGGUGUGGGGUUAGGAACUGGCAUCCAAGACAGUUCCUUUGCACAUCUCACAGUAAGAAACUUGAACAAAGAGAACUGGAGCACGCCAAAGUCUCAGUAAGUACACAAAUUUUUUAUCCAUAAGAAAGGCAGGAAUGUGUUUUCUUGUUGAUUAUCUUAGUUACAGUUAAAUAAGACACGUGGACCUUUGGGAUUGGUGAACCUUAGCUUCUCCAAUGCUUAUGUGUAGAGCCUGAGUAAGGCACAUGACAUGUAGAUUCAUGCACGUACUGUUCAGCUAUUAAUCAUAACUGUAACAAAAUUCUCAAAUCUGAUUGGCUAUCAAUUGUACUGAUUCCAACAUUAAUAGGACAGUGUUAAAGGACAGUAUAAGUCAUGCCUAAGUAAUUGGACAGUACGCACAAUCAUGCAAGCACGCUCUAAAAGGACUUUUUUUUUCACUGCUAGCAAAAAACUCUUUGAAUUUCUUGUGCUUUGAUUUAAAAAUGGCGUAAAAAAAUCACAAAUUUUUCUAUAGUCAUGUUCACCCACUGACUCAUUCAUGAUACACUACACUAAUACAAUGUAGCAAACUAGAAAUAAUGGUAACAGAACUUUGUGUUGUCCAAUUUGGUUUGUAAUCAUACUUGUGAUUAUACAAAUCGGUCUCCUGCUAUGUGCGGUGGUCGUCCAAUUUUUGUUAUCACUCAUAUGAUUACAGACCAAAUUGGACUCCACUCAGUCCUAUUACCCAUUAUGUCUAGUUUGCUACAUUGUAUUAGUGUAGUCUAUCAUGAAUGCGUGAGUGAGUGAAUGUGACUUACAGGGUAUUUGAGAAAGAGUGAGUAAAUGUUAUGGAAUCAGUUAGUACCCCAGUGGAGUGUUCACUUUUGCUUAUUGAUGGGAGGAAUUACUGUAUCUACAGCAAAGAAAUUGCAGUUAUUGCUUUUUGUCAGUGAGCCAAUAGUCACAAGCCAGAUAGCCAGUUAGUCAAUCAAUCAUUCAUUCGAUCAUUUGGUCAGUCAGUCAGUCAGUCAGUCACGUCAUUACAUAUGUAAUUAUCUUUAUCACCCCCUUUCGAAUGUAUUUUGUGGAGUUGAAAACAGUUUUUGUUUGCCUUGUCAGUAAAAUGCCUUUGGAAGAGACAGUCACUGAAUUGAGGAAAGAACUUGAGCAAUGCCUGAUCAAUAACAAAGCAAAAAGGGAUCAAGUACACAACUUGGAGACAGAACUGAACACUGUAAAGAGUCAACUAAAGGAGCAGGAAUCAAAAGCUCAAAGAAUGGAAGUGAUCGCUCAGGAACAUGAGGUGGGGUAUUCUAACACAAGCGUACAUAGGUGUGUUUAGUUGACCAAAAAAAAGAAAAUAUAAAAAUACGGCUGAUCAUCAUUUUCUGCCCAGUUGACCAAUUGGCUAGUACCUAAGAUUUAGACUCAGUGUCAUAAUGCUGCUUAUUCUGUGGUGCCAAAUAAAGCUAGGAAUUAAGAAUAUUGAUUGAUGUUUCUUUCUGCCUAUUAAAUCAAGGUAAAAGCUCAGGAUCUGGCCAGAAAAAUUCAGGAAAUGGAGAAUGAAAAGAGAGAUCCAGGUAAUGACUAUGAGUGCUGCAGGUGGUUUUUUGCAUACAAUGCACAGUUCUCAUACUCCUCAAUGAUAUUAAGCUGAGUUGUCCUCUCGGUUAAAAAUCUUGGGAGAAAUGAAGAUUUGUUUGUCCACUCAGUUAAAAAUCUUGGGAGAAAUGAAGAUUUGAGGUAAGUCAUCCCCCUGUCCUUGAUCCUUUCCUCCUUCCCCUAUUCCCAUGCUCUUUUCACUUGUCUCCAUCAUCAUUCUCCUUCUUCCCUCAUUCCCUGCACUUGUGCUAUACAUCCUUUUCUCCCCACUUGUAACACACUUGUAACCUUCCCCUUUUCUUCUAAUGUACCCUGUCUCUCUUUAUCUUGCUUUUUUCACAGGUCCUUUCUUCUGCUUUUUUUCCCCCACUUAUCAUCCCCCCUACUACGUACUGAUGUAUCUAUUCCAGUCGCAGAUUAAUCCACACCGGCUUCCACCAUUUUAUUGAAAUCGGUCAGAUUUUUCAUAAUCAAUAUAUUGUUAAUAAUAAAAAACACUUUCCAAGUUGAAAUUUGGCCCAUAUCUCGUCUGAGUGACUUAGAAAAAUUAAAAAUGGAAAUUAAAAAAUCCAAAAAACUUUCCUGGGGGAGCCUGCGCCCAGACCCCCUAGAAGCUUGUGCCUUCAGUGCUCAUUUAGGAAAUCGAUCAGUAUUUUUCCUAGAUCCGUGCCUGUAUGCCCUUCCAUUUUUUCUUUCCUUCCUUUCUUCCAUUUGUCCUUUCCUCACCUCUUUCCCCCCGUGUGCCUUGUUUCCUACCUUCUGUUUCUGCUCCUUCCUCAGUUAUCCCAUUCCAUUUUGUUCUAUCCCAUUCCUACAUUUCCUCUUUUGAUUCUAUUUCUCCCUCUAUCAUUAACAAAGGUUUUACAUUUUCUUUACUCAAUACAGGUGAAGAACAUCAAAAAGCGCUGAAAGAUUUAGAGGUAGCUAGGAGAAAUUUACAGGUAUUUUCACUGUGUUGAUGGUGUCUUUACCACAUUGUAAAGCAUACUGUAAGUGAAAUUACAAUGGUUCACAAGAUGUCUUCCUCUUUCUCUGCUUACAAUCUGAAACAUCCGAUGUAGUGAACAUCGAUUUUUCUUGGGAUUUCCUACUAUACUAUUAUAUUCUUAGCUUAAGCAUCUUUUGAUGCAUAUCAUAUUUUUUUAUGAGUUCCAAUGUUUGUUAUGAUUGAAGGAGUCUGCUAGUAAUCUGGAUGAAGUUCUCAAGGAAAGAGAUGACUUAUCAGAGACUUGUGCUGAUCUAAAGCAACAGAUGGCUCAGGUAAAAGAAUCCUCUCUGUUAACCAUGGCAUUAUAUAAAAAAUAUGCAGCUCAAGUUAAUAAGACUAUGGCUAUUAUUUAGAGCUUGUUGAAUUAAUUUUACUAAUUCUACCUCUGCAUUGUUGUCUAACAGGGCUUUUGAAUCUAGUCAGCAGAAAAUAUAUUAGGAAACAGAUAAAACACUACCCUUGUGUAAAUUCAAUUUAACAAUAAAAGGAAAAAUGAAUAAACUAUAAUCAAUCAAUGAGAUAGCUAAAUGAUAGCAUAAAAUAACUUCAAACUACUGUGAUACUUGCUACCUCCUUAUAAAUGUUACAUAUUAUUGCCUUUCCUUUAAAUUUCAGAUGGUGGCAGAAUUUGAUGAAGACAAGAGGAUAAGCAUUGAAAAGUAAAUUAAAUUUUUUUACAGACAUACAUUGCAUGUAUCUUUGGCCCCAAAAUUAAUGGUCUUAUUCAUACAUGGCAGACAAAUAAGAAUAAUUUUUUUUACCAUAUUGUGACAAUAAUGUCUUUCAUCUUUUGCGCCAUAUAAGGCUGUAAUCAAGAUAGAAUCAUGGCACAGAGAGAAAAUCUCAGGGCUUUGGCCAGGAUAUGUGAAUGUUGCCACAGUUUUUAAAACAGAAGUCUAAUACCUGAGAAGUCCGCAUAUUCUUAUUGAUUGUUUGAAACGUCAUCAACUCCAUGUGUGACUGCCUCAAAGCAAACAGUGCAGAAUAUUGUAAUGGUGACUGUUGAAUUUUCUCCUGACAAUACUGAAUAAAAGUUUGCGGACCUCUCCGAAAGAAAACUCGUGAUUAGUUUCAAGUGUUUAAUUGGUCAAAAAAAUAACUUUGGUGAAAUUCGCAUAAUCCUAAGAGCUAGACUGUGUAUUUUCCUCUCUCUUCCAUUAUUCUCUCUUGUUGUAAUAUUUUACUCAACAGAUGUUUUUAUCUUUUUGGGUUUUCAUAAAGGUUUUGAUUAUAUACAGAGCUAGGAUGUGAAAGUAUUUAUAAGUGGAAACCAGAAGGCUUGGGGUAGGACCUCUCUGCAGAUUAAUAAUCAAGACUUCUUUUGCUGUGAUGUUUGCAUUUUUAUCUUUUUCUUAGAUGCAGAGAAGCAUGUCUUCAGCUCCACGAGAAUUCCAAGAACAUGUUAAGAGAUCAGUUAAUCCAGGAAAAUGAGCAGACGGUCAGAAACCUAAAGUAAGUGUAUGUACUGUUAUUGUACACUAGUAAACUAACAGAAUUUAUUGUAAUCGUUGUUGUCAUGGCUACAAUACAUGGGUCACUUGGGGUCCCUUUUGAAAACCUUUGGCAUUGGCAUGUCCUAGUGCUGGGUGAAUUAUUCUUUUCAGUCUUAAGUAGGCUCGAACCCCUUUAAAACCUCUUAUUUCAUUGGAACCCUAUAUGUCGCAGCUCUUUUGCUUUGGGGCUGGGUUCCAUCGUUAACUUUGUUCGUUCAUUGUCUUCCCAAACAGAGCUGUGAGACCUUCUUACAGCUACGAGGCGUCUCUCAUUUUUCAUGAACGGAUUUGCAAUACAAGUGAACUACUAGGCUUGAUUUUCAGCCGUUUUGGGUACAAAAUGGCGUUAGGCACAAAAUGGCUGGUAAUCGAGCCCAGUGAACUACAUGCAUGUUUGUAUUGUAUUUUAUUGUAUUGUAGGAAAGAAUUGGAGGAAAGUGGUGAAGAGUUAAUAAGGAUCAAGGAGUGUUAUGUUCAGCUGAGCGAGGAAUCACGUAGCCUGGAAGAGAAAUUAAAAGAACAGUUUGAGAAGGAAAAACAAGUACUUUUGUCUGAGGCAAGCUUACAUAUGUAUAUUGGAAAAUACCGUUCUCAGUUUCUGUGCCCUGUAACAUGUCAAUAAGCAUACAAAUUCACAUAGAAAAUGCGCUUUGUUGUAAAUUUGCCCAUUAUUAUUCAUUUUGCAGUAAGGAACAAGAACAAAAGUGAAAUGUAUUCAAAAGAUUUUUAAAGUACUAUCAAAUAGAGAUAACUGUUGUUGUUUUUACUUUCAGAGUGAAGCUAAACUAGUGGAUGAGCUGCGGUCUUCUUUUGAGAAACAAUACAAUGAUGAAUUAGAGAAAGCAUGUAAGGAGUGGAAGGAAGAAGAGGUUUCAAAAAUUAAAGAUGAAUUUAUGAAAGAAAAGGAACAACUGCUAAAGGUGGGUUUUACGUUUUGUAACUCUGUUUUGUCAACUGUUAGCACUUUUAUUUCAGUGAGUGUAAGAGUCAAAAUUGAAGUAAAAUCUCCAAGUUUAAAUAAAAAAAAUUUAAAGAAAAGCAAAUAGCUUGCCAGCAAGCUCUUCAUUUCGUUUUGGAACGAAACUAGCUGCAACAGAAGGCGCAAACAAGAGUCAAAGCAUCUCUUUUGCGUGCUACUCGCUUCCGCGAUACUCCCAAAUGCAGAGCUAAAAAACAAGUUACACCACGCCAAGUCGCUACAAAGAGGUUUUUGGUUCCCUUUGAGUGUCUUUAAUUUGAAAAACAUUGAUCGCUGAUGAAAAGCGACCGUCGAGUCUUAUUAAUCUUUAUUUGCUUAGUGUAAUAAAAUUACUUCCAGUACCCACUUUUUACCCUUCAUUACCGUUUCUCAUUACCAGUAGUAUUCUUUGCGCAGGACAUCGAAGACCAAAAGACUAGGCUGGUAGAAGAAGAAGUUUCUAAGGCGCGCAAAGAAUGGAGUGAACUGCAAUCUUGCAGUAACCAGAUUGAUGUUGAUGAUCAAAUAGCUGCUGCCAGACAAGAAUGGAUAAAAGAACAUAAUGAUGAACUGGAGAAGCGUUUGUCUAAUGCCAUAGAAGAAGUUAGACGAAUGUGGGACGAAGAACAGAAGCUAAAAACAAAAGAGGUCAGAAAUUUACCCCUGACAUUUUGAGUUUUCAUUUUGUAAUACGGUCAAAGCUCUUUUAACAGUCACCGCGAUGGAGUAUUCUCCUUACAGUGGCCUUGAUAAAACCCCAUUUCGAUAUACCGCUUGGAAAAUAGCCUGCAGAAAAGGCAUUUUUUUUUUUGGCUUUUUUCAGAAGUCAAGCGCGAAGUGAGCGAGGAGUGCUAGACACUCGCAACCUCUCCCCCUGUCCCACAGCUCUAGCUCUAGUUGCAGACGCAGUUUUUUCUUUCCGAGGCUGUCCGCUUGAGAAAGCUUCAUGAGUAUUCAAUGAUAUUAAACGUACUGUAGAAGAGAGAUCGUAUGAUUGGUCACACGCUAGGACGUUGUCUACAGGCCACUGCAUUACUUGUCUUCAUAUUUUAGUUGGAGAGUUAUAGAAAAUGAGAGACUUAUACCAAACAGAAUGCAAGCAUACGCUAAGGAGACAUUCUAUAGUUAUCUGCAGUGUUGCAGGAAUAGAAUUGACAGUGGUUCUUCUGUUAUACACGAUAGAACUAGAGGCUACUUAAACUCAUCGGAAAGAAAAGAAGGACUCUUGAAAGGAAAAUCUUUUACGUGUAGACGUGGCUAAAACCAAGCGAAAAAAAAAACUAAAUAAAAAUAACCUGUCUGAAGUAUCACGGGCACAAACUUCAAAUUCAAAAGUACGACAUGAAGAAUCAUACGCUAGUUUCUUCCUUUGACGCUCUCUUCUAAAUAUUUGGCUGCCGUCUUUUUAGGAAAUAGAAAAACUGCGUACCGAGUUAGAGAGGGUUCACAGGGAGUCACGUGACCAAGAACUCAACAAGGCAGUGGAAUUGGCUCUGUCCCAUGCUCACGCGGACUGGCUGAAAAAUGACGAGGAGAUGAGGCAGCGAGAGAUCGACCAGGCUGUUGAGGUGGCUACCACUAAUGCAGUAGCUGAGGCUAAAGACGAAUGGGACAGAGAAAUCAAAUCACAAGUAAGUCAGUCCAACGUACAUUUAAUCAUGGUUACCUCAUUGGUACUUAAUUUCGCGGGCCUUUAGCUCUGCGUUUCGAAAUUGAAGACCCGCGAAUAAAAAUCCUAGCGAAAUUUUUUAAAACUGCACGAGAGAUUUAACACGCAUAGAAAACUCACAUUACAUAAAAAAAUGAUUAGCGUGUAACAACGAUAACAUAUACAGGAUAUGUAUUGACAAAUACCCACAUUAUUAACUGAUUUUACUGGUAAACUCCAAUUUUUUGUUUUCUGUUGUGAAAUAACUUUAAUUUGCAAAGGUUUCACAUAUGGAGUAGAGAAUCUAGCGGUCAUCUUCAUCUAGAUCGCUAGAUUCGUAUAAAAAACAUAAAUGUGCGUUUUACUUGUUCCAGUUUAUCUAGAAUCUUUUAAAACAUGAGCCUACCCUUUUUGAAAAAUACAAUGAAGUUGAGAACGCUCAAAUCGCGAAAUUUGAUGCCCUUUUUCACAUUUUCCUUAUUAAUCGCGAAAAGACAACUCCGCGAAAUACUGUCUCACUAAAAUCGCGUAAUUUAGUAUCCGCGAAAUUUAGCACCAGUAGGGUAGUUCCAGCAAGGUUUUGAAUUUCCCAUUUUGAUUGGCCAGACGCAGGAAAUUCAAGUGCAUGUAGAACUGGUUUGGUGUGCGAGUAAGUAGCCAGAGUGUUUCCCGUUCAUCUUGUUAUCUCCCUCUGUAGUGAUUUUGGUUGUACGAGACAGUUAACUAAGUAAAGUAAUAACUUUUUAAAUAAUUUUGUUUCCGAAGGACAGCCUAUUGCAGACUGCUCUCACUCACGAAAAGCUUCGUUGGAAGAAAGAAACGGAAUUGGAAAAAAGCAAAGCGGUGGAAGCUGCCCUAGCUAUUGCUGAAGUAAAGUGGCACGAAGAGGAAGAGACGAAAAUCUCUGAAGCAGUCGAACAAGCCAUACGGGGGGCGAGAGAUGCGUGGAAGGAAAGUAAACAACGGGAAAUAGGUAUGAAUGUUGACGGACGAGGUCAGCGGACUCAAACCGUCAAAUGAACCAAUCAAAACGCAAGGCAAAUACAUGUAGCUGCUGCCGAGCGCGGGAAAACGCAUGCAAGCAAGUUGUGAUUGUUUAGUUCAGAAAGUGGCGUGAGCUCUGUAGCCAAUCACAAAUCUAACAAAGUAAAACUGAAAAAACGAAAGUGAGUUGCGAUAUUUGCGCAAACUCAACGGCACAUGUAGAGAAACUUGGAGGGGCGUAGUGGUCUCAGUUCGAGGCAGGGUUGAAGAGCUUCAUGAGGAAGUGUUUCUCCUAGUUCCUUCUAAGAUGUCUGGAAAGCUGCAAUGUACUGUUACUUGGAAAUGAGCCGUCCCAAAUGUUUUUCUAUCAAUUAUAAACCUUAAGUUAAGUAUAACCUAAACUCGAUGCCCUUUUGUGGACUGUAUUUAGCUGUUGCAGUGGAAAUGGCUCGACAGGAAUGGAACGCAAAGCAGAGAGACGAAAUUAACGUCGCAUUAGAAGCCACCAACGCUCAGCUCAUGAAGCAGUUCGAGGAACAAAAGAAGGAGGCUGUGGAGAAGGCUGUUGCCAAGGCGAGGGUAAGAUUAAUCAGUCUAAGUGUUUGUAGAGUGUCACCAGCAUUUUGAAACUUGUGGUUAAUAAUUAAAGUCGAACCUCUCUCCAAAGGCUUGUUUGGGGGUAGGGGUACAUGUCCAGAGAGGUUAGAAUAAUAUAAGACGAACCGUCCACCGGCACAAACCAAAGUUACCUUUGGGGCGAGGUAGCUUCUAAUAGAGGUUUUGCAGGCAAAGCGCCGCCUCCAGUCCGCCGUUCAUUUCCAUCGAGGAGAGGGCGAGAUCCUUAAUCGAUACCUUCUUUUUUGGAGUCCAAGCAGCGGCGGUUCUCUACAUUCUUCAUCAGGGAGCUUCAGCAAAGGCCUUUUGGAGCGACGCAUGUCAACCGGAAGUGAGGUCUUUUUCAUUUUAAAGCACCUUGACGUUAUCAAAUUUAUAUUUCUAAGUGUUUUUACUAUUAUAGAGACGAUUUGUGCAAAAAUUUGGGCAAAACCACCGUCCAAAAUUGAAAAAAGACCAUUGUUUUCCGGUUGACGUGCGUCGCUCAGAAAUGUGUUUGCUUAAGCUCACUUUGCUUUGGACUAGGCUCCAUUACCAGCCGCUUUUCGGGAAACGAGCCGCUCCCCGAGAGAGCGGCUGAAUUCGAACUUAUCGGCCGAACUAAUGGAAUUUACUUGAUCUACUACCUUGUUUGAGCCUUUGAUUUUGACAUCUGUAAGGUGUGUAUUUUGCAAAAUUAUUUAGCAACUUUGAUAGGUGCAAUGUAAGGCACAACCUUCAGAUGCCGAGUCCUGCAUUUGAAAAUGAAACAAACGUUUCCAAAACUGCAGCUAUUGAGAGUUUUGUUUUCUAAUAGUUGCAGUGGGAGAAGCGAUCUUCCGUGGAAACGCUAAGGGAAGAAAUCUUUAGGGAAUUCGAGGCGCAAAAGAAAGUGGAAAUUCUGGAAACAUUGGAGGAAGCAAAGGAGGCUUGGAUGGAAGAAUCUGAGGAACUGAAGCGAGAGGAAGUGAACGAGGCCAUGGCGUACCUUGAGUCCGAGUACACUAAGAGGAUGGAAGAAUUUAAAAACACUGAGUUAAGGGAAGCUCUUGAAAAAGCGAGACAACAGUGGACUGCAGAAGAACUUUCACGCCGAGAGGAGAUUGUUAAGGUAAAAAGGAAACUUGCUAUGUUUGCUUUGUAUGUAUUGUUACUUGCCCUUAGCGCUCUUUCUCAUCUCAUUCAAAGUACCUCCUCACCGUCUGAACCGGCAAGCGAUUGCCUUUUGGUACGAUGCGACUUGUUAAGACUUCACAGAAGUUUGUUUCGUGAAAGUCCUAACACACUCAAGCAAUUUGGAUAGGUUAUGAAAUCUUUGCCGUAGGGAUUUGCAGAUCCUGUUGCUUUAAGCUCAUAUUUUCCGUAGUUUACUGGUUGAAAAAAAGUUCGCGAUGUAAGUUCGAACUUCUGCUCUAUGCCACCAUUGUGCUCGUUACGAUGAUAAUUUUGCUUCAUAAUUUAGGUGUAGUUUAUAAAAACCUUUCUCUGUCAAAAGUAUUUUACAACGUAAAAUGUUAUACUGUUGCAGUUUUCUUGAUAUUUACCCUGUAAAGAAAUCUGUUGGCUCUUGAUUGCUUGGUUCUUAUUUUCGUCAGGUUUUUGUUUUUUGUGCUUUUUGUCUCGUUUCUUUUCAAAAUAUGCCCAUGCAGCAAAUGUUAAAGUCGUUUUCUUUUUUUCUAGGCUCGUCUGGCAGCUGCGCGAGAGGACUGGCGCAGAGAGGUAGCCCAGUCUACAAAGGAUGAGACUGACCGCGCUUUGGCAACUAACAAUGAAGAUGAGCUGGGGCAGCGAACUAGAGAAUUAGAGGAAAGAGUACGAAAGAAACUUCAGGCCGAACACGAGGAAGAUAAACGGAAACUUGUUGAGGACACAUUAAGAGAAGCCGAGGGAAAGUCUACGAAGGAAAACGUAAAUUUAAGAGAAGAACUUAGAAAGAUGAAGGCGAGUUUCUUUACUGAUUGUCGAGGAGUUGAGGUCGUGCAUUUCUGUACUGGACAUUCAGUCAUUUAUUUUAUAUUUUCAUAUGGCUAACUUUAGUCAUUUGCUUCAUAGGCGGAAGAGGCAACUCGUGAUAAAUGGCAAGCAGAGAAGACUCGCUUGGUUCAAGAGUAUCAGAACCAACUGGAACGCAUGCGCAGUGAAUACAACUCGAAGCUAAAAGAACAACGUGUACAGAUCGAGAGAGACGUGGGAACGAAGAUGAACAACGAGCUUCAGAAAGUGAGAAAUGGCUGGAAACAAGAGCAACAGGAUGCGAGGUAACUCGAGUGAAUCCGCGUGUCUUUAACCUCGUCCCUAGGGCGCUUUCCUCCUGGCCCACCUUCAAAGCCAGUGAAAAGCGCCCUGGGGACAAGGUUGCAUUUCUUUGGCCAUGUUUUUUUUUCUCUCUUUUUUAAUGCCAUUUACCCCCACCACGUUUGUUGUGAGUUUAGAGGGGGUAUUGAUGGGAUAGUGGAUUUUCAUCUAUCAUCAAUUAGUAAAUUUUGGAUGAUUUCUAGUAGUUUCGUGGGUUGAAAUUUAACCUAAUUUCUCAGCUGUCUGGUAUUUUUGCAGAUGCUGGCACCCCGUGGAGUGCAUCUGGCUACAUCUGAUUAAGAAUCCAAUUUGUUUUCUCGUAUACUAAUUGUCCCUCUGAGAGAAGUGUCCGCCCUACAGAUUGAUUUUUAAUGUUUAUUGAUUUGUUUUUUUUUGCUUUUUUUACAUAUAAAUGAAGGGAAAAACUGCCGCUUAUGAGUACUCGGCUUAUACACCUUUUUAAGGGGGUUAUAGGAGGGCUUAUAAACGGAGGGGCUUAUAUCCGAGGGGGUUAUAACCGGAGUAGAAAAAGCGUAUCAAUUAAGGUUUCUGGGAAACUGUCCACCUUCCCCUCCCCUAAGUCAGCAUUAACACUUAAUUCUCACUUAGGGCAAAAUGUCGGGUUAGGGGAGGGGUAGGUGGGCAGUUUCACAUAAGUGUUGGAGCUUACAAGCGCAGUUUACAUUGUCAAAUUUACGAGUUGCUGUCAUCUGCCGACAUCUGCCGGUAUUUUUUGCAGGGUUCAACUGGAGAAACAACAUGAACAGAAAGUAAGACAAGCCCUAGAAACCGCCAGAUGUGAAUGGGAAAAGCAACAGAGGCAAGAAUCUAGCAAACAAGGCGAAGAAGUGAAGAGACAGCAAGAGCUGUGGACAAAGGAGAGACGAGAAAAUCAAUCCGCCCUCGAGAAACUGAAACGUGAGCUGGCCACGGUAAAGAAGGAGUACAGUACAACCACAGAUAAACUUAAGAGGGAAUUGCUUGAAGAGAAGAAGAAAACGCAGUACAGUUCGAAACGGCGAGAUUCCAGGAACGAUGCUUCACAGGUAAUUUAGGUUUAAAAGAGUUCUCAUUGUUAAACUGUUGGAGGUCAAACGUAACUGUAAGUUUGCUCUUCUUGUGCCCUUUGCUGAGCGUUACGACAGUCAAAUAUUCCCCCAUGCGUUAUUAGGGCAUACUGUACUCUUUAAUUUGUACAGGUUAUGCCUAGUUUAGUUUUCGGGCUUAUAAUAGGUCAUAUUGUCCGAGUUACUAAAACUCACUCUCGAAACGAGGUUUUUUUUUUUUGAGAAAACGAGGUUUAUUUAAGAAAGAAUUAAAGUUAUUUUCAUACCAAACAUUUCGCCCUUACCCUCACUUUGAAACAGAGGCUUGGAGCAACUCGGAAAUGGGCUAUUAGUUUAUCCUGGUUUUGUGGCCAACAACUAAAUUCUGUGCACUUUUUUCCCACUAGCGAUUGUUUUUCUAUUUUGUAGAAGAAGACAGUAGUUCGUCGCGAGUUACAUGAUUUACAGGGCGCUGUCAAAAGUGAUUAUGGCUUGCUAACGUUGGUAAUAUUGGUCCAUCGUUGUUUGACUUGCCAACUACUUUUUCCUUCUUUUAGGCUGCAUUGCAACUGGACAGCGGUAGCGACACAAGUUUUAGCAGUGUUGAUAACGUGUCAACCACGCGUGGUCUCCAGGAACUACGUCAGUACUACCUAGACACAAUUGCUACGAUACGUGAUGACGUGCUGAAUCACGUGACCCAGACCAAGGCUAGUGCAGCUAAAAAGAUCAGGUAAGGUUAUAAAAAAGGAAUCAUCUAUCGUUGAACAUUGCCGUCAAUUUGUUUGAAAUACUGUCCUUUAUUGUAGAGGUGAAGUGCUGAAAGAGCGCCAUUCCACGGCCAAGAAGCUUCGUAAGUACUACCUUCAGUGUCUCAAACAGCUUCUUGAAGAAGAUCGCGUUGCAUUGGAAGGAAACACUGCGCCUAGCAGUACUGAGGAGAAAUUAAACAGAAUGGCGGUAGCUUUGAGGACGCUUAGUCCGAACAAAGAAGCUGUUGGUGAGUACUCCUUACUUGGUUAUUUUUAUUAUUAUUAUCUUUCUCAAAUAUUAAAUUGAAGAAUAUCUUAGGGGAUAGUCUGUCGUCGAUUUUUAUUUUGUAAAUUGUUGUGACGUGUGUUCUUGAUUGAUAUAUUAAAAUGUCGAGACAAAAUGAGUAAUUUUUUUGUUAUUUUCAUUGAGGCUUACCUUGCUGACGGCUUUUAGCUAAAGAAAAAGUCUUCUCUCUCUGUAUAUUAGCAUCAUCUCGUCCUUAAGAAUGCCUCAGUUUUUGUCGUAACCUUCAAGGACGAACUCUACACUCCCUCCCUCCCCGAGACACUUCUUGUUCAGUUUUUGUUCCCAAAACUAAAAAAAAAAAACCGGAAAAGCUACUCUAGGCUUUGGAUAAAAAACCUCUUGUCUCCUUUAGGACAGGUGCCUCACCAACCGGAAGUCCUUGAUGACACCCAAUCGCCUCGUUCUGGUGUAUUUAAAGUGUUACUCGACUCCAGCCAACGGGAAGCUCGGGAACCUCGUUCACCAUCCAUCGGAAGGAUUCACGGUAGACCACGUGACAGUGGUCCUGACGGGGCUAGCGAUACAGGCCCCAUUGUGGGAAAGGAAAGAGAAUUCACUCCUGUUUUUGGAGAGCAGUUAACUGUAACAGAUAAGGAUGCCUUUGAUUUCAGCGGCAAAUAUUUCACUCCGGAGAGAGACUUGGAAAAUUCACCCUCUCAAGAGACAGAAUCUACCAGCUCAAAAGAUUCGCCUCCAGAAAUGAAGGAUUGUCACAUGUCAAGCCCUGUUCUGGAGCAUAAGACAGUUAAUCACUCGGAAUCAAAGAAAAAUACAACAGAGACUUCGACUGACAGAGAAAGGCAACGGACUUAUAUCAUGUAUGCUCCAUCUGAGCAUGCUUUCAAGCAGAAACCGCUGGCCUCUUACAAGAGGAGUGCGCCAUCGCCAGCCUUUUCUAUCAAAUCUUGUGAAUCAGAUCAGUAUAGUGAACUGCCUACUGUGAUUCAUGUAUCAAGGAGAGAAUCAAGUGGUUCCAAAGACAGUAAUAGUGUUAUUCCGACACGCCGCACAUUACAAGAUAAGGACGCUAUCAUUUCACCAGUCAGCGCUUCUGUACCUGACAUGCGCAGUCGACCACCCGUAGAAAAAAUUAGCAGGGUGUUAACACGUGACAAAAGAGUGACGUCCACUUCGAGUUUACCGUCUAAGCCGCGAGUUGAUGUUAGAGCGAAGCGUGUGCAAAAAACGUGACUAAAAAAUUGGCCGUGUUGCAGUCUCUAAUCAAUCUUUGCACCCGGCUUAUGAAGGUUUGGCCGAGCACUCUCCCCACAGAUUCCUGUAUUUCCGCGUGAUAAGUGGCUUCAACAUGAAAAUUGGUGCAGAGCAUCUCGUUGUUUGACCUUAACACUUGAGCUUUGUUUACACGAGUUGGUGUAUUAAGUUUGUCAACGUAUGGAGAGCUAAGUAAUCACGGCUUCCACCCACACGUACACGGAGAUCUUUAAAAGACACUAGUGAAUGUAUCGUACUUUAUCUCUAGCGUAUGGAGUGUAAUAGGUUUGAACAAGGUUUUUCCUGCGAAUUAUAGGAUUAAACGUUCGGCAGAACCGCACAUACACAAGGAACAAGAAUGUUGUUCAUUUAACGAGUUUGAACAAGGGCACAUUUCGUUGUGAAGUACACAAAGGUGUUUCACAAUUUUCUUAAACUUGACAGUGGCUUCACUCUCAGUUAAAUCUCAGUUAUUAUUUAUUGACAAAAGAAAGCAUCAUCUUAAGGCAAACAAUUAAGCAAUGUGCUGUUUGCUUAAGUUGUCUUCUUUGUUUCACUGGACAUAAACAAGGGAUGAAUAAUGAGAAGAAUCCGCGGGAAGUGGCAUUAGAGCAGAACAAAAUGUUAUUGUCGAAAAGCAAGUGAAGGUUGUUUAGACUCUAGUCAACUGAGAAACUCACUGUA